ACCUUUGAUAUUAUUCCCCUUCACUUGAUCCACUUCUGAUUUUCUCGCAAACAAACAAAAUUCCCCUGACUCUGCUUUUUCUCUCUCAGAAGAAGAAGAAUCAGAAUUCGUAGAGAAGAAAAUCACCGCUUUCUUUCUGCUACUACUGUCGCCGGUACCCUAAUUCGAUCCACCGAAAUUCGAAUCCACCACCGAUGAGUUUACGAUUGGGGAAUAGGUGAGAUCAAAAGGACUGGAUUCCCUCGCCGAAUGGAGGGAGGUAGCGUCCUUAGACUUACUUCUUCUGGGAUUCACCCAUGGAUUAUGAUGACAAUGAUUUUCAAGGCCAGAAUCUCCAUUUAGCUGGUGAAGGUAGCGCCAAAUUUCCUCCAGUAUUAAGGCCGUAUGCUCUCUCCAAGUUUGAUUUUGAUGAAAACCUUCAAGCAAAUGUAAGAUUUGAUAGUUUUGUUGAAAGUGAAACAUUUCUUGGUAUUGAAAGUAACGAAGAUCACCAGUGGAUUGACGCAUACUCCCGAGGUGGUAGUGGCAUAGAGUUCAAUUCAAAUCCAACUGCAUCUUGUUCUAUAUCUAGGCAUGACAAUGUUUGGUCCGAGGCCACUUCCUCAGAAUCUGUUGAAAUGCUUUUAAAAUCUGUUGGGCAGGAAGAGUAUAUUCCUAGACAAACUUCUAUUCAGCAAUUAGAUGCCUUUGAUGAACUGGCCUGCUUAGCUAAGCAAAUGGACUCCAAUUCUAAACUUGAUGAUAAAAAUGAAUUUAAAGAUAAUGUUGCAGAUUUACAACCACCUGAUGUUACUCAUACUAGUUGUUCUGCAUUGAAGGAGGAUGUAAGAAUGGAGCAGUCUCAGGCUGGAGUGUCCCGAAGUCAUGAAGGUGAACCAUCCCUUGAUGUCUGCCAAAAUAUUGACAUACCUUUGUCUGAGGGGAAUCCGACUCCCUUUACAGAUGACAAAAGUAACAGUACAAACCAAAGAGAAGUUGAGACUGUUAUUGAUGACUCACAUCCUGGCAAAACUCUAGAUGAUUCAUCAGCAUUUGUGGUGCAGACUAAUAGUACUGAAUCAUCUAUGCGAAAUGUGGGUGAUGAGCAGCAAGGUCCUCUGCAAACACUAACUAAUGAUGAAGAUUUGGAAUAUUCUGUGGUGAACAAAGAAGCUGUUGUAGACCCACGGACUGUGGAUGGAAAUGCAGUUGAGGGUAAUGCACAUCAUCCUGAUAAUUCUUUUUGUUCAUUCCCCACAGAAGAAACUUUGGAAGGUACAAGUGCAGUUGAAGGCCUUGAGACUAGGUUAGGUAGUUUAGAAGAUUCCCUGAGAGCGGGAUCUGUUCCUGUAUCUGAAUUGCAGAAAGCAGAAAGAUCUAGUGAGGAUAAUUGUUCCUUUGAUGUGUCUAGGGACAGUGGAAAUGAGGAUGUAAACUUGCUUAAAGAUGUGGUGAUGGAUGAUCAGUCUGUACUAAACACAUGUGAAUCACCAAAGGUUUCAAUUAAAGAUGAUUCUGUCUAUGAGAAGCAGGUGGUUGAGGUUAGUAAUUCAGAUGGUGAGACUUGUCCUAAUCUCCAACAAAAUGUGGAUGCAGUGGAGAAGAAAACAUUUAGUGGGAGCAGUGUUAUGAAGGAAAAUGAGUUACUGAGCACUGGUGACCCCAUGGAUGCAGAGAUUUUAUCUAACAAGUCAGAGACACCUAUGGUUACUGCUGAGGAGAAUAAUUUUUCGAUUGUGGUUGAAGGAAAUAGUGACAACAGGGUAGGAAGUGUUUCCAGUUUCGGUGUGGUGGCUUCGUUGGCAAAGUCAACCGUUCUGGGUGAGUUAACUCAAAUAUGUGUAAAUAAAAAACCUGACAAACAUAGUGACCAUGAAAAUUUUGAUCAAGAUGCUCCUGUCAGUGACCAAGAGAAUAAAAAGAUUCCCUCUGAUUCUAGCCAAAUGCAUUGUGAUGUUGCCCAAUCUCAUGUUGUUAUAGGAGUUGUUUCAUCACCUCUCAGUGCAGAUAGCAGGGAAACUGAAUUGACACCUUCCACUGUGUCAAUCAAUGUCAUACCUUCCAAUAAUUCAGAAUUGUUACGUGACACAGCAAGCGGUUAUCUACAUGAUGUAGGGGCUUGUAGUGCUGUAAAGAUCGGUGAAUCUCAAGGAACAAUAGAUGAUAAGGUUAUUAAGGAAUGCACCAAAGAGAUUGGCGUACCUCCAGUUCUGUGUGAAUCAUCAGAGAAACAGGGUGAUGAUCUCCCAGUUUCUAUUACUAAGGAUGACAAGGAGACUUUAAAUGAGAAUGAUGACAAGUCAUCCCCGAAAAAAUUAGGUGAUAUUUUACUUGGAAACGAAGGACCUAUAGCUUCUGCUCCAUUACCUGUCUCGUGCGUUGAGUUGCAUGAGACUGGAAGCUUUCCUGCCGAUAGCACUUUCAAUCCCUCUAGUGCAUUGGGAAGCCCUUCUCAAACUGAAAAGGAUGAGAGUGAAGCUAAGGCUUCUGCUAAUCAGACCCUCCCAGUUUCUGAUUUAAAAAAUAGUGGUGCAAAUAAUACACUGCCUGCUGCUCAAGAUCUAAAGGGGAAUGCUGCAUCUAAAGAUAAGAGAAACUCAACUCCCGAGUUAAAUUCAGUUGUUGAUUUAUCUCAAAAAGAAAUUGCAGAUGUAAAUACAGAAGAUGAUGGCAAGAGGCAAUCAGUUCCUGCCUCUGCAACCAACAAUGCAACAACAGCUGUGGAGGGAUCUCCGUCAACUUCUGGGCUAUGUCCUUCAAAGACCAAAACUGUAGAAAAUGUCUCCCUUGGAAAUUCACCAAUAUCAGGGGGAGUGGUAGCACGUAGUGCUUCUAAAGCUACGCCCGAGCGCAAACCUAGGCGAUCAUAUAAUAAGAAAGCUGGAAAGGAAUCUUCCAAAAGAGGAAGUCGGCUAAAAGACACAACUCCAGCUAGACAGUCUGAAAGAGGUGAUAAAUCAACCAAAGUUUCUCUGAGCCCUCCUCCUGGUUUCCAGCUGAUGCAAUCAAAUGAGGGGAAGCAGUAUGGGCCCAUUGAUUCCAAUAGUAGAAAGUCACAUACUCUUGUAAAUACUUCAACAGCUGGCCUUCCAGACUUGAACACUUCUGCUUCAACACCUGUUUCAUUUCAUCAGCCUUUUACGGAUCUCCAGCAAGUACAAUUGCGCGCACAGAUCUUUGUUUAUGGAGCAUUGAUUCAAGGCAUAGUACCUGAUGAGGCGUAUAUGAUAUCAGCUUUUGGGGGGCCAGAUGGCGGAAGGAGCAUUUGGGAGAAUGGCUGGCAUGCCUGCAUGGAGAAACAGCGCGGUAAAAAAUCUCAUCCUGUUAACCCAGAAACACCUCUGCAAUCACGACCUGGGGCUAGAACCUCUGAUUUGGCAGUUAAGCAAAGUCCAGUUCAAGGGAAAGGUAUCUCUUCACUUCUUGGUCAAGCCAGCAGCAGCAAGGCUACUCCAACAACUGCAAAUCCCUUAAUACCUCUUUCGUCUCCUCUUUGGAGUCUACCAACUCUCUCUGGUGAUACCCUGCAAUCUAGUGGUCUCACAAGAGGUUCUGUUGUGGAUUAUCCACAGCCGCUUGCUACAUUGCAUCCUUAUCAAUCUCCACCUGUGAGGAACUUUCUUGGACAUAACACAUCUUGGUUAUCCCAAGCCUCCAUUCGUGGACCUUGGAUUAGCUCUCCAACUCCUGCGCCCAGCACCCAUCUUUCUGCAUCACCUGUCUUUGAUACAAUUAAGUUAGGUUCUGGCAAGGGAUCUUCUCUGCCUCCUUCCUCGAGCAUAAAGAAUGUUACUCCUGGUCCUCCAGCUUCCAGUGCAGGUUUGCAAGGUAUCUUUGUUGGGACUGCUUCUCUUUUGGACGUAAUCAAUGUGGCAGUAUCACCUGCGCAGCAUUCUUCAGAUCCCAAGCCCAAGAAAAGGAAAAAAGGUGUGGUAUCUGAAGAUCUUGGCCAGAAGGCUCUGCAGUCAUUGACUCCAGCAGUCAGUAACCAUACAUCUACUUCUUUUGCCGUUUUGACUCCUCUUGGCAAUGUACCAGUUACUGCUGUUGAAAAAUCAAUUGUGCCUGUCUCUCCUCUAGAUAAUCAACCUGAAAAUGAUGGAAAUGUUGAGAAGAGGAUUCUAUCAGAUGAGUCUCUUAUGAAAGUUAAGGAGGCUAAGGUAUAUGCAGAAGAAGCUUCUGCUCUUUCUGCUGCUGCUGUGAAUCAUAGCCUAGAGCUAUGGAAUCAGUUGGAUAAGUAUAAAAAUUCUAGAUUGAUGCCAGAUGUUGAGGCCAAAUUGGCUUCGGCAGCAGUUGCAGUUGCUGCUGCUGCAGCUGUUGCAAAGGCAGCGGCUGCAGCUGCCAAUGUUGCAUCAAAUGCUGCAUUUCAAGCAAAACUGAUGGCUGAUGAAGCAUUGAUUUCUUCUGGUUAUGAAAAGUCCAGCCAAAGUAACAAAUUUUCUCUUUCUGAGGGUACAGGUAACUUGGGAAAUGCUACCCCUGCUUCCAUUUUGAAGGGUGGUGAUGGCCCCAAUAGUCCUAUCAUUGUUGCUGCGAAGGAAGCUGUUAGAAGGAGAGUCGAAGCAGCUUCAGCAGCCUCCAAAAGAGCUGAAAACAUGGAUGCCAUUGUAAAGGCUGCUGAGCUGGCAGCAGAAGCUGUAUCUCAAGCGGGAAAAGUUGUAACUAUGAAUGAUCCCAUACCAUUAAGUGACUUAAUAGAAGGUGGCCCAGAGGGAUAUUGGAAAAACCGAGUCUCUUCUCAGGAAGCUGGAUUAUUGAAUGACUUGGCCAAAGGUCCAGUGAAUAUUGAGAAUGUCGGAGAUAUUCCUGAAACUUCUCAUAUACAUAACAGAGACAUUUCAUCUGGUGGUGAUUCAGUUCCUAUUAAGAUAAACGAGAAUAAUUCAAGAGGUCCAAAAGGGCACAAAGUUUAUGAUUUAGUUAAGCCUGUUGAUAUGGUUUCUGGAUCUGAGCCUGAAAUAUGGGCUCCUUCUUCCAUUGUUAAAAAUGGAUCUGAAAAUCUUGAGGAAAACAACUUCAAGGAGGGCUCUCUUGUUGAGGUUUUCAAAGAUGAGGAAGGGUAUAAAGCUGCAUGGUUCGUUGCUAAUAUUUUGAGUUUGAAGGAUGAUAAAGCUUUCGUAUGCUACACAUCGCUUGUACCUGUUGAAGGUGCUGGGCCUUUAAAGGAAUGGGUUUCACUUGAACAUGAUGGAGACAAACCACCCAGAAUACGUACUGCUCGCCCUUUAACUAGUUUACAACAUGAAGGAACAAGAAAGAGACGUAGAGCAGCUAUGGGAGAUUAUGCAUGGUCUGUUGGGGAUAGAGUUGACGCAUGGGUUCAAGAAAGCUGGCAGGAAGGAGUGAUCACAGAGAAGAAUAAGAAAGAUGAAACGACAUUGACUGUCCACUUUCCAGGUAGCGGAGAAACAUCGGUUGUUCGAGCCUGGCAUCUCCAUCCAUCCCUUAUUUGGAAGGAUGGGAAAUGGAUUGAAUCUUCCAAGGUGGAAGCAAAUGACCGUUCUACACAUGAGGGUGAUACACCAAAUGAAAAACGACCGAAGAUUGGUAGUAAUAAAGUAGAGGUGAAAGGGAAAGUCAAGUAUUCAAAAAGUAGUGAUGGUGUGGAGUCAGCAAACACUGAUGAGACAAGAUUACUUAAUUUGACUGAAAAUGAGAGAGUUUUUAACAUAGGUAAGAGCAGCAAGAAUGAAAGUAAACAGGAUCCGCACAGAAUGGCGAGGACUGGUCUUCAGAAAGAAGGAUCAAGAGUGAUCUUUGGGGUUCCUAAGCCUGGAAAGAAAAGGAAAUUUAUGGACGUGAGCCAGCAUUAUGUUGAACAUGGGAAAAACAACAUUAAUGAUAGAAGUGAUUCAGUUAAAAUUCCAAAUUUAUCAGGAUCCCUAGUAUGGAAAAACAGUUCCAGAAAUGAUACCAAAGAAAAACAUGGAGCCUCCAAGCCCAAGACCAAGUUUGGAAAACCAGAGAGUGUUUUGGGUAGAGUGAUCCCACCAAAAGACAUUUCUUUGUCCAAUGCAUCUUCUACCACCACCGAUCUGACAGGUCAAACAGAAAGGACCAUGGAUUCUUCAAAUCAUUUAAAAAGUGCUUCACAGAGUGAAAGUCAGGUGGAGAGAGCACCUGAUGGAGCAACAGAAGGAGCAAUCUUGUUUUCAUCGCGGGCUACAUCAAGGGAUGCUCCUCCGACUAAAAAGGUGUCCACAUCAAGAGCAAGUAAAGGAAAGCUUGCACCUGCCGGUGAUAAGUUGGGCAAGGGUGAGGUGGAAAAGACUAUAAAUGACAACCCCUCAAAACCAACAUCUGAUGUUACUGCUCAACGAAGAUCCAAUCGCAGGAUCCAGCCAACUUCAAGGCUGUUAGAAGGAUUGCAGAGCUCUUUGAUCAUCUCAAAGAUUCCUUCAUUUUCACAUAAUCGUAAUACUUCCAAGGGUAAUAAUCAGGGUUGAACUGUAGGAGCUUCCAAUGAUGAGAUGAAGUUUGGAACCAGCCCGUUGUUAGAUGGCCGAUGCACCAGCUUAGAUGUGUAUAUUUAAUUUUAUAAUAGAGAACCUAGGAAUGGAAAUUCUUGCUUCCUUUAGGCAGUUAAGUAGAUCUUGUCAUAUCGGUUUUAGUUUAAUUUAAAUGUAUUUAACUCCCUUCGAAUUUCUCCAUGAUGCAUUGUUUAUAGAGGUUUGAUAAUCAACUAGAUGUGACCCAUGCGUUGCGCGGGCGGAUAACAUGAUUUGAGAUCAGUUCUCUUUAAAAAUGAUAUGCGAUAAUUUACUUAUA